AUGGCUCGGCCAAAAUCACCUCGUGAAGUUAGGAGACGCCAGAAAGCUGAUGAUACUUAUACGGAUAGCGACGGAAGCUCAGAGGGCGAGAACUCCCACUCUCGACAGGAUGAUGACAGAAGCAACAACUCACAUAGAAACACCUCCAGCCACAAAUAUCUGAAUGUGAGCUCCAGGUCUGACCUGAGUCAUCACAGUGAUCUGAACAGCUCUGCAGAAACACACAGACAUACUUCUAGAUCGAAUACAUCCACAUCUUCGGAAGCUGACAGCCUAGAUAGAGCCUCAGAUAGAAAUGCAUCUAAAUCUCCUCGAAUGUACCCAUCAUUGAAAGGGUUUUAUGAAAGUGAGCAGUCAUCUGUAGAUAGUCCUCAAGAAGUACCAUCAAAGAACACAUCUUCUUGGUUACCGUUAUGUGUUGUCCUGGGUAUUUUGUUAGGGAUAGCCAUUUUCUUGUAUUUAAACCAGUCUUCUGUGGAACCAAGUUCUGCAGAUGGUCCUGUGCCACCAUUUCACAGAUUUACUGGGCAUGUAAGUAGCUUGGAGCAGCUUUUACCGAACCAGAACAAACGGUUGUGGAAAACAAUCAAAGCGUCAACCAAGCAUGUUUUAAAUGAUGCCGAUUCCGAUUACCCAGUGGUCAUUCUCAUGGCUUCACCGACUAAGUAUGAACGUAUAUCAAAAUGCAUUGCUAAAAAAAUUACGGAAAAUUUUCAACAGUCUCUGGGUUUAGCCCCAGCUGAAUCAGUAGCUGAUGUUGGCAGAUUCAGACAUCUAGAUCCACCUUUACAGAAACAGAAGUUAGAUGAGUACCUGCAUUUGACUUUCAGUGACAGUCAGAAAAAGUCCUUUGUUAUUGACAACUUGCAGUUGCUUCACCCAGAAGCUGCCUUGAUGCUGCAUGGCUAUUGUGAUAAUGACAAUGCCCCUUACAAGGAUGUUAUGAUGGUGCUUUUGUUGUACGUUGAUGAGCAUAAGGUCAUGGACUACAGCAGUGCUUCUAUCGAAAGUUAUCUGGAACAGUUAUGGAGUCAAGGGUUGGAGAUUGAUAAAGUGAAGGCCUUGUUGAGUCGUGUGGCUAAUAAUAUUGUGACCGUUGAGAUGGAAGAUGAGGACACAUUAAGUAAGGUCUGUUCAUAG